UCUCAUCGCCUGCUUUCUCAUCCACUUGUAACCAUACAACUUCGCUACUCUGGUAUAGCAAAAAAAAAAAAAAUGAUAUCGUUACCAUCAUCAAUGGCGGAGAAUAAGGUAAACCUGUCGAUCAAUGGACAAUCAAAAGUGCCACCAGGUUUCAGAUUCCAUCCAACAGAAGAAGAGCUUCUCCAUUACUAUCUUCGCAAGAAAGUUCACUCUCAAAAGAUAGAUCUUGAUGUCAUUCGUGAAGUUGAUCUCAACAAGCUUGAGCCUUGGGAUAUUCAAGAAGAAUGUAGAAUCGGUUCGACGCCGCAGAACGACUGGUACUUCUUCAGUCACAAGGACAAAAAAUAUCCAACGGGGACCAGGACAAACCGGGCAACAGUUUCCGGAUUCUGGAAGGCGACUGGACGUGACAAGAUCAUCUACAGUUGUGUCAGGAGGAUUGGAUUGAGAAAGACGCUCGUGUUCUACAAAGGAAGAGCUCCCCAUGGUCAGAAAUCUGAUUGGAUCAUGCAUGAGUAUCGCCUCGACGAGACUCCAACAACUAAUGAAUAUUCAGAUGUUGUAAGUGAAGAUCCAAUGAGCUACAACGAAGAAGGUUGGGUGGUAUGUCGAGUGUUCAGGAAGAAGAACUAUCAAAAGAUCGACGACUCUCCUAAAAUCACUCUAUCUUCUUCACCUGGUGACACGGAGGAAAAGAAAAGGUCCACCACCUCCCACAACACUCAAAACGGCAACGUCUUGGACCACGUUCUUCUAUACAUGGACCGUUGCUGUCCCAACAUCUGCAUGCCCGAGCUCCAAACCACGAUCCAACGUCAACAUAAUCAAGACGAUAUUUUAUUCAUGCAACUCCCAAGUCUUGAGACACCCAGAUCCGAGGAUCUGGUCGACCAAAGUUUAAAUAUUCCAAACCAGCUCGAUUCCUCUCUGGUUCAAGAGAAGAAAAACGGCAGACCGGUUUGCAGUAAUUGGGCUAGUCUUGACCGACUAGUGGCGUGGCAGUUGAACAACGGUCAUCAUAAGUGUGAUCGUGCGAGUUUUGAUGAAGAAGAGGAAGAUGGUGAUACCAUGAUGCAGCGAUGGGAUCUUCACUGGAGUAAUGAUGAUCAUGUCGAUCUUUGGAGUAGUUUCACUGAAUCUUCUUCAUCCCCUUCGUCUUUAGAUCCUCUUCUCCAUUUAUCUGUAUGAUUGUAUAUUCACGUAACGUACA